GUUGAACGGGAAAUAGCUAUUAUGAAAUUGAUAGAUCACCCACACGUUCUAGGCUUAACAGACGUUUACGAAAAUAAAAAAUACCUUUACUUGGUACUAGAGCAUGUGUCGGGUGGAGAACUGUUUGAUUAUCUAGUGAAAAAAGGCCGACUUACCCCCAAGGAAGCUAGACGAUUUUUUAGGCAAAUUAUUUCAGCUUUGGACUUCUGUCAUAGUCAUUCCAUAUGCCACAGAGAUCUGAAGCCAGAGAACUUACUUUUAGACGAAAAGAAUAAUAUUAAGAUAGCUGAUUUUGGAAUGGCUUCGUUACAACCCAUGGGUUCUAUGCUAGAAACCAGUUGCGGAUCACCUCAUUACGCUUGUCCAGAAGUGAUCAGGGGCGAAAAGUACGACGGUCGGAAAGCAGACGUAUGGUCUUGCGGAGUGAUACUCUACGCUCUCCUAGUAGGUGCUUUGCCCUUUGAUGAUGACAAUCUGCGGCAGUUACUGGAGAAGGUGAAAAGAGGCGUAUUUCACAUCCCCCAUUUUGUCCCACCUGACUGUCAAAGUCUACUCAGGGGAAUGAUUGAGGUCAAUCCAGAAAAAAGACUAACGGUGAGUGUUUGCUUUGAAUAA